AUGAUGGAUGACGACGACUUUGACGAGGAUUUUGACCCACGCGGGCGCAGCAUGCAAGAGCUCGGGAACGACGGGCCGCUCGACUUCGAUGAUUCCUUUGACGAUGGUCACGCCAUCGAAAGGCAACUUGAUGACUCCGAAAUUGAUGGCGAGGAGCUGGAGGAAGAAGUUGAGGACCAAUUCAAUGACGAAGAGGACCCCGACCAAGAGAUGCACGAUCGAGAAAAAUCCCCCUCCCCCUUACCUGCCAACUUGCGCGAGAUCUCAUCGCUGGCUUCCUGGACCGUCUCCACCUCCAAGCCGGGCUGCGGCGUCGCGGCCCUCCGCAACCCUUCCCCGGCACAGUACUGGCAAUCCGACGGACCCCAACCGCACACCUUAACCCUCCAUUUCUUCAAACUGGUGGCUGUCGUGCGCAUCCGCGUAUAUCUCGAUUUUGAGCUCGAUGAAAGCUAUACGCCCACGAAGAUGAUUUUUGCAGCUGGGAUGGGCGGCAACGACCUUGUCGAGUUUGCAACUUGGGAAGGCGAUGGCCCAUGCGGCUGGGUCGAUGUGCCACUGGAGAGCGUCGGCGGUAGGACCGGCGGAUGGGUCCGUAAUGACCCCGGGAAGUCGAAACGCCGCUCUGCGAGUAUGCGUCGGCGAAGAAUUGUGUACCGGAACUGUGAUGACCCUGAACAUGAACAUGAUGAUGAAUGUGAUCCGUUUUAUGAGAUUGAUGAACCUGAUAGCCAGGACGAGGAGGAUGAUCCCUAUUCUGGGAAUGUGCUCAAGGCCAUGGUCAUCCAAAUGCGCAUUAUGGAGAAUCAUCAGAAUGGAAAGGAUACCCAUGUUCGUGGUUUCCAGGUGUUUGCUUGUGACGAUAGCCACCGUCGGAUGGCCGCUGCUCCAUCCGCUUCUGCUGAUGCUCGGCGCCGUCGUCCGUCCCUACGCGGGGCUCAUGAUCUUCGUGGACGUGCCGCAAGUGAGGAGGUUGAUACUGGGUUCACUACUACCGGUCUAGACGAACCGGAUUGGAUGGGUGAGCCAGUGAUUCGAUAA